AUCGUGUUUUUGACAAAAAUGACUAACUGAAAGCUUGCAACGCAUAAAAAUGUAUAAAUUAAAUUUACCAAUAGACUAUAGGCAGAUUGCUGCCGUAGAGAGGAGAAAAAAUCGAGAACAACAGCGACAGAGCAGAAUAUUUAACGCCAAAGUCAGAACAAUUGGGGUUGAUAUUAAUGCGUUGGAUCAGCAAGUAAACGAGAGAAAAGCGCGUGAAGAAUGGGAGAGGCAGCACGAAGCAGAGUUUUCCAAGGCAUUGGAAAGGACAGACAAUGUUGCCGUUAAGCUUCAGCAAAGGCAAGAAGAAGACGUGAGGGAUCUGAAUAAGGAGCUGAAUAAGUUUCGUCUGGAGGAGCAGAACGCUAGCACGCGCCGAGAGUUUGACAUCUACGACCCCGAUGCCCUCAAGAAGGACAGUCCCAUCAGGACGUCAGAUGGCGACGACAAGGUUGGAAUAUCGAGCUGCCAGAUGUUUGAUGGGGAGGACCUGAAGUAUAAGGCGCGACACAAGCUUCAGCAGGAGCAGCUGAGAGAGUGGACCAUGCAGCAGAACCAAGCCCAGAAAGAGGCUGAGCGGAGUCGUAGGGAGUCGGACCGGCUCUACGAGCGCACGAUCGUGCGGCUCGACCAGCAGGCCGUCGACGUCGCGCGUGCCGACGCUGAGUGCCAGCGCGCCAUCAACACCAGCCACAGGGACUUCAACGCCACGCUGGCGAGGGAGAAGGCGGAGGAGGAGAGGCAGCUGCAGCAGCGAGAGUUGGAGGAGAAUACCGCUGAGCUGAUGGACCACGUCUACGGCGACAUGCUCACCGAGAACCCAGACGUCGCCAAGAGCGCGUUCGGCUCCCACCGCGUCAUACCUGACAGGUGGAAAGGGAUGAGUCCGGCACAGGUGUCUGAGAUUCGGCGCAUGCAGGAGAUGCAGAGACUCGAGAAACAGAGACUGCAUGAUGAGGAGAUGAACAGGAAGCAGGAGUGGGAGAGGUACCUACAGGCGAGCUCCCGCAACGCAACACUGCAGGACCGCCACACCGACCGCACCAGGAAGGAGGAAGCAUGUAGACUGCUGGAGGAGAAUCGACAUCUCGCCCAGCAGCAGCGCGCGCGGCUCGCUCACCUAGACGCUGACGUCUACACCAACGUGCCGACCCGCGACUACUUCUCACAGUUCAACACCAGCUCUCGCUGACCCCGCGACCUUGACGUCUA